UCUAAAAUGAGUAAAAUUCAUAUCACUUCAUUUCUUCGCCCACGUGGCCGCUUUAAAUCAAUAGAAGAUUCCGAAGAAGAACUAUUAGGUGCUCAAGAAUCGUUAACAAGUGAAAAUAAUUCUAAUACUGCACCGCCCACGAAUAAUGUUGUCUUAAUUCCAACACUUAAUUUUAUUAUUGGCAAAUCAGUAACAACAACAAAUUUCGAUACGCAACAUGUUGCUGCAACUUGUGACUAUGAAAGUAUUGAUAACGAUAAUGAUUCAAAGCAUACAUAUGUAAUCUCAACAUCGACACAAGCAGCAGAAGCUUUGACUGCAACAACAACAACCACUGAUACCGAGGAAUUAUUACAGCGGGAGGUCAAUUUAAGUUUAACAGAUGCUACGUCAUAUUUUGAUGAGCCUACAAGUUCUAUUACGAUUGAAAUGAACAACACAACACAAUCGACGACAACAGGGCUUACGACAACAGAGUCGUCAGCAAGAAGAAACAGUAGUAACAGUGCCAUGGCAACUACGACCACGGCAAGUAGUGAUCAGAGUAUUGAAGAAGAAAUUGAAGAGGCAUUAGAAAUAAGUGAAGUAAUCGAUGAUGAUGAUGAUGGGAUUGAUGAUGGUUCAUUAGUAUUAUCUGAAGCUGCUGGAUACAGCAAGCAAAAUACAAAUUCGAAUAUAAAAUCAUUGCAACAGUUUAGUGUGAUAACUGAUUCAGAAGAGCGAAGCAAAACAAAAGUUAGUCAAAGUAAGAAUAACACAAGUGAUGAAGAUCAGUUUAAAAUUGAUGAUGAACAACUAUCUGGAGGGAAAAUCGCACAACAUUUUGUUUUAGAUGAAGAGGAUGAUGAUGAUGAUGAUGAUGAAGAAAAAUAUGACGAUAAGAAUGAGAUAGAUGAUGAUGAUGAUGAACAAGAAGAAGAUUUUGGUGAUUUAAGUAUUAGUUUGCCAUUAGAAAAGCGUUUAGUUCAUUCACAGCAUAAAUCUACAGAACAUGAAAGUGAAGAACAUAAAGAAAGUUUAACAAAUCAGAGUACAACGGAUGAUGUAUCAGAUUUAAUAGAAGAAGCUAGAUUGGAAGAGGAAAAUAUUACAACACACGAAGAUGAUGAAAAAGAAGAAGUUACACAAAGUACUGUUGAUGAUAGUUCUAGAGUUCGUAGUAAAAAAACUGAUAAUGUUUUGGAUUUAAAGAAAUCGAUGUCAGAAAAAACAAAUAAAAGCACACAUGAAGACGAAAAAGACGAAGGUACAACAGAAAAAAGUUCUAAACUUCGUAGUACAAUGACUGAUAAUAUUUCGGGUAUAACAACAGAAUCGAAAUCGGAAGCAAAAAAUAUGAAAUCAAAUGAAGAUGAAAAAGACGAAGAUACAGUAGAAAGAAGUUCUAAAGACCGAAGUAAAAAAAUUGAUAAUAUUUCGGGUAUAAUAACAGAAUCGAAAUCAGAAGAAAAAAAUGUUGAAGAUGAAAAAGACGAAACUACAACAGCUAAAAGUUCCAGAGUACAAAGUCAGAAAAAUGCUGAUGUUUCAGAUGUAUUUGAACCAACUGAAACGGAAGCAGAAAAUCUUGAAACAUUAGAAGAUGAUGAAAAUGACAAAAAAGAAGAACGAACUGUGGAAGAGAGUUCUAAACUUCAAAGUAAAAAAAUAUCUGAAGAAAAGUUUUUAACAACACCACCAACAACGCAAAGUUUAAGUGAAAGUAUCAAAUUAAAGUCAGAUACAAAUAGAAGAAAACAUUCACUAAGCCAUAGUUCAGAUAACGAAAAAUGUAUUGAAAUGAAUGAAAAUUCUCAAUUGAGUGGUGCUUCAUCAGUACACAGUGAGAAAGAUCAUUCCAUUGAAGAAAUUGUGGAAGCUAAUCAUUCAGUUGAACUCAGCUUCGAUGUUAAAGAUUUAAGUUCUCUUAAUCCUAGUUUUGAUAUACAUAAUGAAUCGGUAGUAAAUCGUUUACUAGCAGAUACACCAGAGCAAGUAAAAUCUGUGGGUAAAGACAAUAGUAUUAAAGCUUUACCACAAACCCAUGAAGUUGAAAUGUCUAAAGUGUCAAAUAAAAGUGCAAUUCAAGCAACUACUACAAAAUUAUCACAUAAAAAUAAAUUAGAAUCAGUUUCAAAUGCUCAGAUUGUUGAUGUUCAGAUUAAACCCCAGAUUAUUACUGAUUUAGAUGAGCAAAUGACAGAAGAUGUUCACAUUGACAAAUCCAAGGCAACUUCCUUAGAAGAAAUGCAAAAUUCAAAGUCAAUCUUAGAAUUACAAGAUAACAAUAAGCCAUUAAAUGCCAUACAAAUUGAUAAUAAAUUAUUACAGCUAAUGGAAACAUUAGAAUUAAAGCCAUUAGAUGAGCAGGUUGUGCCGAUGAAACUACCAUUAAUAACGGAACAAAGCUUUGCAAAUAAAAUACAGAAUGUAGUAGAUGAACAAAAAGAUUUUAUGUCCACUAAUUUCAAUCAAUCAUUAGAAGUUGAAGAUGAUAAUGAAGAUAAUUCAUUGGAGCUAAUGAAAUUGCGUCUUUUAGCUAUGAAGUUCCAAAUAAAAGACACGAGCGAUUCCCCCAAUGAACUCUCAAAUAAUUUGGAACAAACAAUUAAACAAAUGGAACGUGUACCUCUAAAUGAAUUAACUAAGGAUGUGCUGGAAGAUAUAACAGAAGAAAGUGAACGGAAUUCUCUUUCUACAGCGGAAGAACAACAAUCAUUAGAUAAAUCUAAUUCUUCCGCAAAAAGUAUUAGCAAAAAUUUACACGUUGACAAAGGAAGUUCAAAUAGUAUUAUUAGUUUAAGCAUGAUACACAUGGCGGAACAAAAACCUGAUGAAUUGGAGAAUUUAAAUGGAACAAAAGAUGCUUACUUAGCAUCUUUAAACUUACAAUUAGAUGCAUCACAGCGUCGUGAGUCGAAUGGUGGUAUCUCAACGGAACAACCAGGAUCGGGUAGAGAUACAAGCUCAAUUCUAACUAGUUCUACAGAGUAUCGUACAUUUCAAGAAGAUUUUGGUGGACCGACUAUGGAUAUUUUGAUAGAGCUAUCCAAACGUGAUGAGUUAAUUACAAAGCUCUCCGAUUCAUUGCAACAUUCGAUAAAUGUGCGUGAAAACUUGCAGAGUGAAGGUGAGAAACUCAAUAUGGAAAUACAAUUGCUGCGCAAACAACUUGCGGAUGCAUUGGAAUCUCAACGUCGUUCUUAUUGGCCACGCGAGCAUGAGAGCGGUGGCGGUCAACGUAUAUCUGAAAUAUCUAUGGAUUUAGUUAGCGAAAGUGACGAUGAUUUAGAACAACAAUUUUUAACUGACAAUGACGAUAAGUUUUCACGUAAUUCUCGAGAGCGUCAACUAUCUAUACCACGCCAAAAUGAUAUCAACAGUGGAUCGGCAGCAGAAACUGAUUUAGCUGAAUGGUUACAACAGGCACCGUUUAGUAAACAAAUUGAACAAUUUCAAAAAUAUCUAACACCCAAUGAAGUGCGUUUAUUUUUUAUGGUACAAAAGAAAUUCGACGAUUUUCUAAGUUCAGAGUUGGAGAAAUGUAAAAUGAAAUGCGAACAUGAAGUGAAACUAAGUUUAGAUCAACUACAAAAUGAAAAGCAGGAAAGAGAUGUAGAAAUAAAACGUUUAACUAAAUUGUUAGAAGAGAAAAAGUCAAAUCAUGCUAAAGAAUUAGAUGAUUUACGUAAAUAUUUUGAAACAAAAUGUGCCGAUUUAGAAAAACAAUUUUCUGAUGACGUCUUCUCACAAAAAUCUCAACUUCACGGUAGUGAUUCGUCUUCAUCGGAAUGUUCCGAUCAUGAACAAAUGCCUGAAGAUAUUGUGCCAAUUUCUGCAAAUAUACGUGCCAUAGAAAAAUCACCAAAGAAACGUACACGCGCUGAACUUCUGCUGUCACCAAGUCAUCGUCAAAUGACUCCAAGUACAGAUGCACUUUUUGAAGAUGAGAAAGGAAACAAUCUCAAUUUAUCAGCUGAAAUUAAUGAACUUAAAAGUUUUUAUCAAAAUAAAAUUCAUGAAAUACAACGCCACCAAGCAGAUAAUAUACGCCAAAUGAAGGAAAGAAUUAAAUAUUAUGAAAGUCGUUAUCCUGAAGAUGAUUUCAUGUCAACUACUAAGAAUACCACAACUACCAGUGACACUACAAAUACAACUGUUGAUAGCAUAGUGGUGCCGCAUGUAAAUGAUUUAAAUACCUCACUAAUUAUAAUCGAUCAAGAUGAAUUGAAUAUGAAUAAUGAAUCUCAAGUUAUACAACAAAUAAUUGAACAAUACGAAUGUCGACUGCAGGAGCAGUUGACACUAGCACGUAAGGAUAUUGUCAUUGCAUUAGAACAACAAAUCCAGACUUUACUAUCAGAAAAUACAUCGGACGAUCAUCAUUGGCCGCGUGAACUGAUCUUACUACGUGAAAAGUUUACAGCAAAAAGUCAACUGGAAAUUGCUCAACUGCAAAUUAAACAUGAAGAAGAGAUGUCGCGCUUAAAACUGGAGUACGAGAAACAAUUAAAUCGCAAAAACAAACGUCACACAACGUUUGAUUUGGCGCGAAAUUAUGAAGAAAUCAUCAGUGAACGUGAUGGUUUACGGGAGUUGUCAUGCGCCUUUCGAUAUGUGCUCUCCGAAUUGGCAAAAUGUGUCUCACAGUGUGAAGAAGAUGCAAACACUACUUUAGUUGAUGAAGUGCAACGUAUUUUGGCAAAUAAUCGUACUUUGGAAGAACAUGUAGACGAUUUAGAUUUUAAUCUUAACAUGACAUUAAACACUACUCUGAAUUCUACUUCGAAAAAUAUGCGUUUUGUGCCUGAUGUACAAAAUAUAUUAGAAGUCGUAGAGGAUCCGAGUCUGCUACAAUACAUAAGUAACAAAAGUGGCGAGUGUAAUGAUGAAUUUGACUUGAAAGAUUGCUUGCAACGUUUAAAAACAGAGGCUUCUUAUUUGCUACAUCUAUCAGAAGACUUACAAAACCGUCGUAAACGCCAAAGAAGUGAAUCUAGUGGUGGUGAGAAAAGUGAUAGUUGUUGUGAAGCAGAAAGUGAUCUGAAGGAACGCUCGUUUAUAAAAACUCGUAAAUUUUUGCGUACAAACUCUUUAAAUGAGCAACACUUGACCACCUAUCAAAAAACAGUCACAACAAAAACACAGCUCAAUUCCUUGCCACCUGAUUUGAAUACUAUACGUGUUCAAGGUUCUGGUACCUCUUCCACAUCUGGUGGUAAUGUUUCUGAAAUUAAUUUCCAAUUGCAUGAAUUGAAGAAUCGACUUAUCAAAUCCGAGUCGGAUCGUUUAAAGUUACAACAAGAAUUGGAACAUACCAUACAUCGUAAUGCUGAAUUAGGACAGGAGUUGCAAAAUUUACGUGAUCAAAUAUCGCAAUUAAAUUCACUAAAUCAUACCGAUUAUGCAGAAGGUUAUGGUCUUGGUUCGCUUAAAAGCCCACGUCAAUCCGGCAUUGAUCAGUCUUCUAGUUUUGCGCAACUGCAAGAAAAAGCACGUAACAUUCUCUCUACACCUACGCAGAAGAAGGAUGAUAAUAACACAACGGUUGUCCUUUUACAAAUGAUAGAAGAUUUCUGUCGUGAAGGUGAAAAAGUUGUUGAAUGUAAUAAAAAGGAUAGAGACGAUUUGCAAUCCCAGAUCGACACCGCUGAUAAGCAAUUAAAAGCAACCCGUCAAUUCCUGGAGGAACAAGCCGCUGAACGGGAGCAGGAACGUGAUGAGUUCCUGCGAGAAAUUGAAAAUAUGAAAGUCCAAUUACGAGACAAAGAAAAAGAGCGUUGCAUAUAUGAGAAUGCCUCUGAGGAGCAUUUCAAAAAACCAUUAACAUAUAGUAAAAAUGUCAAAGGAUUAGAGUCCAAUAUACGUGAACUAACCCAACAACUACAGGAGUCCAAUGCUAAGCGUGAAAAAUUCGAAGUCGAAUUGAAGGCUUCGAUUGAUAAAAUUUUUGUUUUGCGUGAAAUAAUUACGGAAUUGGAGACUCAAGUAGAGACAAAGGCAUUAAAUGAACAUGUUUUGGGUGAAAAAGUUAAGGAGAUGGAAUCGUUUAUAUUUUCACAAACUCGUUCGAAUGAAACCUUACAAAAUGAGGUUAUUAGUUUAAAAACUGAAAUUGAUCAAGAUUAUCAAGAACGCAUACGUGGUUUGGAGGAGAAAUUACAAAACAUACGACCAACUGCAGAACAAAGUAUGGUAUUGGAUCAAGUGGUGGAACAGCUACGCGAUAUUGAAACCACUCUUGACAAUAAAACUAAAACAUUGGAGUCGCUACAUAAUACAGAUUCAUUAAACUCUUGCAGUAUCAGCGUGACUGAAGAUGUGUCUGUACAUGGUGCACGUGCAGCAUCAUUACCCACUACAAUGGUAUCCCCACCGCAAUUAUCUCCAGUUCAUCCAUCACCACGUCAACAUUCACUCACUAUGGAAGGUGUACAACGCAUCGCAGACAAACUCUCCAAACAUUCACGUGUAGAAGAAGCUGCCAUUAAACGCAUACGUGAUCUCGAAAUGCAAAUAACACAGAUGCGAGCCGCUUGUGUGGAACUUCAGCAUGAGCGUGAUUCACUCCAAGAACGCAUGUCAGAGCAAUCGCAGCGCAUAUCAGUGCUACAGACCCGUCUUGAAGAACAACGCAAACGUGCAGAAGAACUGCAAUAUGCGAGCACGUCUGAUCUUAAAUUACGUAUUCAUGAUCUACAAACAAAUGUGCAAUCAUUGCAAGAAACCUUAUCCUCUCGUGACAAAGAGAUCGAGAUUAAUAAGCAAAACAUAGAGAAGAGUAAGAAGAUCAUUGAACAAUUGGAAGCGGAAAUAAUCAAUAAGAAGCAACCUGAUCGUAGUUUAAUUGAUGAUUUGGAAAAAGACAUUAAACAAAAGAAUAAUGAAAUACAGAAAUUAAAAGCAAAAAUUAAGAAUGAUAUGAUCAAUAAAUUAGCGGUUCCAGAUUUAAUGGAAACAAUGCUAGCCGAUAAAAAUGAAGAAAUCGAUCAUCUUAAAGAGCAACUUGAAUCUAAGGAAAAAGAACUACAAGCGGCAUUAGAUUUUAGUCAGGCUUCCUCACUUGGUGGUGUAGUGCCUAAAAGUGCCGGAAGAGAAGAUGCAAGCAAUAAGUUAAGUGCACGUACACUUAGUGAUAUUGUUUCUAUAACUGAGUUCGAUGAACCUGAUGUUGCACGUAGAGCUGCUUUAAAUAACAUAGACUCACCGUUAUUAGUUCCAGAAGAACAUGGUGGUUUCUUCCAUCAAACUAUGGAAACUUCAAAGGAAGCUGUUGCAAAUUUAACACAUAAACGUACAGAGGAUCUCUCCGGUUUCGCAACAUUACAUCCUGCUAAUACAUUUCAACAUCCACAUUAUUUCCAGGAUCCACAUUUAUUACAAGCUUCACAAAAAUCUGGUGCUACUAUGACACCACCAAUGGUACCACGUCAAAUAAAUUUCUCAGCUUUGACAGAAGAUUCUAAACUUAAGACUCCUGAUAUGAACUUAGAAAGGCAAAAUAUUGAGAAAAUGAAAACUGAAAUCAGUGAACUUAAAACAAAAUUAACUGAUUUAAAACAUGAAAAGGAUGUACUUCGUGUAGCUAAAGACAGCGAAUUAGAAAUGUUGAAAAAGAGUUUAAUAACAACACAGGAGCAAUUAGAGAAAGUGCAAGGUGAAUUGCAAAAUAAAGAAAAAGAAUUUAUAGAACUGCAGUCAGAUAAUAAGAAGUGCACUGAAUUACAACAAGAAAUUUCAGCAAAAUUAAUAGCAAUUGCACAACUCGAGCAAAAACAAACUGAACUUGAACAAAAAUAUAUAGAACUAAUAAAAGAUAACAAAAUAAAAACAGAGUUACUAAAGGAUCAAGAAGAAAAGACUAAAUAUUCCGUAGAAUUAGAGGAGCGCUCUAAUGCACGUAUUAAAGAACUGGAAUUAAAAGUUCUGACCACUAUAGAAACUGAAGUGAAUAAACGUGAAAACUUGCGCAAGGAAUUCGAAUCAAUAAAUUCGGUACACCAGAACACAGUGCAGGAUCUUGAAUCUCGUAAACAAGAAAUUGAGAAUCUUAAUAAAGAAAUUAAAGCGAAAGAUGAACGUUUGCUACUCUUAACUACAAAACUUUCAAUAUCCGAAGAUAAUAUCACUGGUCUACAACGACAGAUUGACAGUUUGGAACGAGAAGUGGAAAAACUGCGACAACAACAAAACAGUGAAAAUAGUUCUAAGCAAUAUUCAGUUGAUGAAAUCGCACAGCAAGUCGAAAAAGAACUGAACUACUCUGCACAGCUGGAUUCAAGUAUUUUAAAAGCUAUUGAAAGUGAAGAAGAGAACAAUUUAGAUUCCAAGCAUUUAAAUAAGGAAAGUCAAUUAAAACAUGAAUCCCAAGGUACUGAUGAUGAAAACUUCACUGGCGAACGUGAGUUAUUAAAUCAAUUAGAAGCGUUAAAAGUACAAGUAGCAGUUGAACGUGAACAAAAUGAAAUUAUACGCAGAGAACUGUUGCUUGAAAAGCAGCAUUCACAAGAAAUUCAAGAACAAGAUGUGGUGAUUAUUGAGGCAAUGCGAAAGCGUUUAGAGACUGCUUUGGAUCAAGAAGAUGAUCUAAAUAAACAACUUGAUAAUGAAAGGGAACGUUGUGAUCGUCUACAGACUCAGUUGACAGCACUGCAACGUGCUGAAAGCCGCAGAAAUUCAUCGCUGCUACUUAAAUCUCCAAAUGAUUCGCCACGUAAAUCGCCACGUUCACUUUCUGACUAUGAAACUGAAUUAGCAGAACGUUUGCGUAGAGAAAUUAAAUUGAUGACAGCACAAAAUGAACGCGAACGUGAGCGGUAUGCAGAUUUACAGCGUAGUGGAGAAAGAGAACGUCAGCGUUACGAAUCAGAACUAAAGGAACGCGUUGAAUAUAGCGAUAAGUUGAAAAAAGAAAUGGAAACUUUGCUACGAGAUAAGGACAGCGCUGAAUUAGAGUGCGAACAUCUACAAGAACGCUUAACUUUACAAACACAAGAGAUUGAGAGUCUUGAAUCUCGUCUGGCUACGAUGCAAGAAACAGAAACACGUCGCACCACACGUCGUGAACGUCAACAAAAGGAAAAUGCACAACUUCUUGCUGAAAUACAAGAAUUAAAAUUACGUCUGGAAACAGUAGUGCAGGAACGUGAAAGUUUAACCAAACAUGUCUCACAGUUGCGUUACGAUAUUGAGCGUUCUGCGCAGCGGGAAGCAAAACUUGCAGAAUCUUUAGCAAAUGCUAAUAGCAAAUUAGCUAAUAUAGCUGGAGACGACACAGUGCCACAACAAUUUUUACUGAAAAUGAAAGAAAUAAAUAUGUUGCUAGCAGAAAAUACGCAGGAGAAUCGUCAAAUGGCUGAGACAGUACAAUUUAUGGUGGAAGAACGACGACAAUUACAAAAGAAAUGUGAAGAACUAGAGGCUCAAAUCGGUGGACAAGCUAAUGUAAGUGAACUUGAGGAACGCUGUAAUUAUUUGCUAGCUCGUUACUUACGUGUCGAGUCACAUCGAAAAGCGCUUGUAUAUCAAAAGCGUUAUCUGAAGGUUUCGUUACAAAGCUAUCAGGCGUUGGAAGAACGUACUCUAGCGUACUCUGGACGAAGUGUAGCAACACAAAAGAAACCAAACAAAGAGAAGCUAUUUAAGACUGUUGCAUUAGCUAUAAUUGCCAUACAACGCAUGAAAUAUAUUGGACGUGUUUGGAAAUCAGGGAAACGUAUUGUGUCAAAAUCAGUAUUUACCAUUACACAACAAAAACGUACCCAACCGCCAACUAUAUCCUGUGCUGCCGUAAGUUCAACCUCACCAACAUCACCUGUACAUUUACAAAAUACUCAACCGCAUCAUCAACAUCAACAACAACAUCAACAACAACAAAUUACACAAAAUAAUAACUUUGCCACUAUGCCAACAAAUUUUAAUGAAUUUCCAGUAACAAAUGGUACCAGGAAUACCACUAAUAACAACCUACAAUGUGGCUGGCAAAGACUGUAAACUUAAUAUUCUAAUUAAAAAAAAAA